GCUCUCGCGUCCCUGCGCCGCGCCCGCCUCGCGCUCCCUGUCACGGCGUUAGUCCCCGGGCCUGGCGGUUCCCGCGUCCGGCCCGGCUCCAAGGCGGCCUGGCGCGAUGGCGCCUCAGCGGAGGGCCGCAACCAAGGCGCCCGAGGGCAACGGAGCGGCCGACCGCCGGAACCGCAGCAGCACCAAGAAGGACCGAGCCCUGCGGGAGACGCAGAGGCUGUGGCAGAGGCCGUGGCUGAGGACCGCAGGCCUGGGGGCCGGCCUUGUGCUUACCGCAUUCCUGCUCUGGAGCAGCCUGGGGGCUGACGACGGGGUCGCAGAGGUCCUGGCCCGCCGUGGCGAGGUCCUGGUGGGGAGAUUCAUCGAGGUGCCCUGCUCUGAGGACUAUGACAGUCACCGGAGGUUUGAAGGCUGCACCCCCAGGAAGUGCGGCAGAGGCGUCACCGAUACCGUCAUCACCAGGGAGGAGGCGGAGCGGAUUCGCAGCAUAGCUGAGAAGGGACUCUCUCUGGGAGGCUCUGACGGAGGGGCGUCCAUUCUGGACUUGCACUCCGGGGCCCUGUCUGUCGGGAAGCACUUUGUGAAUCUGUACAGAUAUUUUGGGGAUGAAAUACAGAACAUCUUCUCAGAGGAGGACUUCCAGUUAUACCGGGAGGUGCGGCGGAAGGUCCAGCUGACCAUCGCGGAGGCUUUCGGCAUCAGCGCGGCCUCGCUGCAUCUGACCAAGCCCACCUUCUUCUCCCGGAUAAACAGCACGGAAGCGCGGACGGCGCACGACGAGUACUGGCACGCGCACGUGGACAAGGUGACCUACGGCUCCUUCGACUACACCUCACUGCUGUACCUCUCCGACUACCUGGAGGACUUUGGUGGAGGGCGCUUCGUGUUCAUGGAGGAGGGCGCCAACAAGACGGUGGAGCCGAGAGCCGGUCGCGUCUCCUUCUUCACCUCGGGGUCUGAGAACCUGCACCGGGUGGAGAAGGUCCGCUGGGGCACCCGCUACGCAAUCACCAUCGCCUUCAGCUGCAACCCCGACCAUGGCAUCCAGGACCCAGCGUUCCCGUAGCCGGCAGCCGGGCCAAGACGGCUUGAGGAGGGCCUGGCCUGCCCAGCCCCGUGUGGAGGCAGCCACGCCAGCCGUGUGCCCACCCGCACGUCCAGCUGUGUUCCUGUUGCACAGAGUGCCUUAGGAAUUCUCUGAUUUUGAUUUGCUGAUGUUUUAAUCUUUUCAUCUGUGAGUAAAUGGAGGGAACCAGCUUUU